AUGAAGGAUCUACCCAUCCCUUUGCAUGUUGGAGAAGAAGACAUCUUGAAGAUUCUUAACAUCCCUGACGUCAAACAUCUUCUAUUCGAGGUUCGUCAUUUGACCAAAUAUAUUGAAGAAGAAUUUCUAUUCAAAGUGGGGCUGUCAAUUCAAGCUGGGAGGUCAGAGGCAAAGAUGUUGAAGAAGUCUACUAAAGUUCACGAGCCACCUGCCCCUUCUUUAAAAGUUCCUUCUAAGCGAAAAAGUGAUGAUCCUCAGGCCUUACUGAAGAAGAAGAAAUUGGAAGGAAUUUCAACGAGUCCUAGCCAGGUUCCCCUUGACUCUUCUCCUGCAAAGUUACAUGUUCCUGGGGAUGUGUUGAAACAUCAGUGCCUUGGACGUCGCAAAACUGAUGACUUGCUAUCAAGCCACAUGGAGCUUGAGGUCGAGCUUACUCGGACCUUAAACGAAUGGAAUGAUGAAUUUGUGAAGGUGAAGUAUCUUCAAGGAGAGUAUAAGCGGAAGUAUGACCAUAGAACCAAAGAGGUGAAGGUUCUAGAGGUGGAAUUGACCGACUGUAUAACUGAAUUGGCCAAUAUUAUGACCACUACUUCUCUUAAGAACCAGCAGAUAGAUCGACUCCAGAUUGAACUUGUGGAGGCACAGACAACGAUCACACAGCUUCUAAAGGAUCAAAAGGUCUCUGGAGAGAAGAUGGCGGUUCUAGAAGCUGAAAAUAAGAAAUCUCAUACCAUCAUAGCUGAGAAGGAGGCCGCUUU